AUGGCUUCUCAAAGCUUCAUCUCCAUCUCAGAGCUUCAUCCCAGCUUCUCUCAUCCAAAAGUGGUGGGCAUCAUCAUCGGGAAAACUGAUGUCAAAAGCUUUCCUAACAGGAAAAAUAUUGAUGUUGAACGUUUUACUUGUGGCUUCACCAUAAGAGACUCACCCGACUUCUUCAUCAAUGUGGCUGCCUGGGGAGGUGAAGAGUAUAUCAAGACACUUGCCAACAGCGUCAGGAUUAGUGACUGUGUCACAAUUGAAAACCCUUUAGUUUGUAGCAAAGACCUCGAGAAAGGAGACAAGUUCUGCCCUGAAACAUCCAGUCACUACAAGCUGCUGGUGACGGAGGCUCAUUCCCAGGUGUGUCUGUGUGCCGACAUGGACACCAUUGACAGGCUGCUGCCGGUGAUGCACCUGCCUGUUAAAGACUCCACUGAUUUCUACUCUCUGGGAGAUAUUGUGGCCAAUGGACAAAAGCUAGAUGGCACCGUGAUAAAUGUACUUGCUGCACUGAAAAUGAUUGGCGAAAUCAAGCAGUUCACCACUUCAGACGGACGCCAAGGGCAGAGACUAGAACUGAAGCUCUUUGAUGACUCUGUCUCCUCCUUCCCCCUCAUCUGCUGGGACAGGGAGACCAUUCAGUUCGUGCAGUCGUUGGCACCCAGGGAGACGGUUCUCUUCAUAGCUGACGCCAAGAUCAGCUUUGACAACUUUCGCAGCAGCAUGGUGGCAACCGUUAACUCCAGAAGCAUUAUAACUGUCAAUCCCGAUACCAGAGAGGCCAGCGCGCUGUUCAGCUAUGCUAAAGAAGCGGCAGAGUCUGGAGCUCUGGAUCUAGAUCAGUUACCAGAGGAUCUGUCUGUGGACUCCAUCACUGACGUGUACACGGUGAACCAGCUGAAGCAGAAGGCCAAAGAUCAACCAGAGGUUUUCUUUGGCAUCACGUACAGCUUCAUCUCCAAACUCGACCUUGACUCUGUGUCAAAAGUCAUCAGGACGCGUUGCUCCAAAUGUAAGUUCCAGGUGGCUGACAACUUGCAGACCUGCAUCAACCAGCUGUGUCUUGGGAGGGAGCAGCCGUUCUCCUCCACCACAAGCUUUGACUUACUGGUGGACUUCACAGACCAUACCGGCACCCUGCAGUCCUGCAACCUCAAGGACUCAGUGGCAGAGCAGAUGCUUGGCUGCACAAUGGAGGAGUUCACAACUCUCACCGAUGAUCAGCGGACUGCGUUGAAGUGGAGAUUUCUUUUGGAAAGAUGCAAAAUAUACGUGAAGGUCCUGCCCUCUGCAAGAAUGAAGAGUGGGAUCAGAUGCACCAUCCUGGCCUGUUCGCUGGCAGAUCCAGGAGAGGUGAAGCAGCACAUGUGUGCCCUGCUGCAGCGGCUCUGAUCCGCAGAUGCUCAGACCGCACAGAAAAGCAUCUGUUUUGGUUGUUGGGUGUAACGUUGUUGGGUACAAAGUGUUCUGACUGAGAUGUAAACAA